CCGGGGAUGCUGGGGGGGGCGGGGGGGGGUGUGUGUGUGUGUGUCUUCGCCGGUACCGAGUGAUGGGGGGGCCCUUAGAGACCCCUCUGCUCUCUCCUUCCUCCUCUCUUGGGGACCGGGGGGUGCGGGGGGGGGAAAAUCCUACCGGGAUGCUCAGGACUUCGCCGCCGCCUGUCGCUCACCCGCCGACGUGGGCUGGGGGCCACCGUGGAGACCCGCCCCCCCCCCCCCCCGUGAAUUUCACCUUGGCGAAGGCUCCCCGCUUCCCUCUGAGCCAGGAUGAGCACAGCCGCCAGCCCGGAGCCCCUGCCCUCCCCCCCCGCCCCUGGACCCCGUUACUUGGAGCGUUUGGCCGAGGAGGACCCCGAUUUCCUACGGGCGCGGAACAUGGCGGCCGACCUGCGCCAGGACUUCAACAUGAUGGAGCAGAAGAAGCGGGUCACCAUGAUCCUCCAGAGCCCGUCUUUCAGGGAGGAGCUGGAGAGCCUCAUCCAGGAGCAGAUGAAGAAGGGAAACAACUCGUCCCACAUCUGGGCCCUGCGACAGAUUGCUGACUUCAUGGCCACCACGUCCCCUGCCAUCCUCCCCACCUCCCCCAUUGGGCUGGCGGCCGUCACCCCCAUCAACGACCUGCACGGCCCCGAGGUGCCGGCGCUGGCCAAGGGCGAGCGGCUGAUGCGCUGCAAGGUGGGCAGCAUCCACCGCCUGCUCGACCUCUACGGCUGGGCCCAGCUGGGACACGCCGCCGUCACCCUGCGGGUCAGCAAGGAGCAGGAGCAUUUCUUGGUGGCCCCCCAGGGGCUGGCAUGCAGCGAGGUGACAGCAGCCAGCCUGAUCAAGGUGAACGUGCUGGGGGCCGUGGUGGAGCAGGGCAGCACCGGAUUCACCCCCGACGCUCGCAGCUUCAGCCUCCACGCCGCCAUCUACGCCGCCCGCCCUGACGCCCGCUGCAUCAUCCGCCUGCACACGCCAGCCACUGCUGCAGUGUCGGCCAUGCGGUGCGGCGUGCUGCCCAUCUCCCGCGCUGCCCUGCUGCUGGGGGACGUCGCCUACUUCGAUUUCCGCGGGGAGGUGGAGGACGAAGACGAUCGGGUCGAGCUCCAAAAGUCCCUUGGUCCCACCUGUAAGAUCCUGGUGCUGCGCAACCACGGGGUGCUGGCGCUGGGCGACACCGCCGAGGAGGCCUUCUACAGCAUCUUCCACCUGCAGGCCGCCUGUGAGAUCCAGGUGUCGGCGCUGGCAAGCGCGGGCGGCGUGGAGAACCUGAUUGUCCUGGAGCGCGCCAAGCACCGGCCCCACGAGGUGGGCUCGGUGCGCUGGGCUGGCAGCACCUUCGGGCCCAUGCAGAAGAGCCGCUUGGGCGAGCAUGAAUUCGAAGCCCUGAUGAGGAUGCUGGACAACCUGGGUUACCGCACAGGCUACACCUACCGCUACCCCUUCGUGCAGGAGAAGAGCAAGCCCAAAAGUGACGUGCUAAUUCCCGCCACCGUGACGGCCUUCGUCUUCGAGGAGGAGGCGGCCCUUGUCCCCACGCUGCGGCAGCAUGCCCAGAAGCAGCAGAAGGAGAAGACACGGUGGCUCAACACCCCCAACACUUACAUGAGGGUCAAUGUGGCUGAGGAGCAGCAGGGCAGUGCCAGCAGCCAGAGGACAAAGACGACGUGGCUGAAAGCGGAUGAGGUGGAAAAAGCCAGCAGCGGGACCCCCAUCCGAAUCGAGAACCCCAACCAGUUCGUGCCCCUCUACACAGACCCGCAGGAGGUGCUGGAGAUGAGGAACAAGAUCCGGGAGCAAAACCGCCAAGAUGUGAAGUCGGCCGGGCCCCAGUCGCAACUGUUGGCCAGUGUCAUCGCUGAGACCAGCCGCAGCCCUUCCACAGAGAGUCAUCUGGGGGACACAGAGGCCAAAGAGGCAUCCCGGGAGGAGGCACCCACUGAGCCAGAGCCCCCGAACCCCUUCAGCCAGCUCACCGACCAGGAGCUGGAGGAGUACAAGCAGGAGGUGGAGAGGAAAAAGCUGGGGCUACAGGGCGAGAAGGAUGCCACAGCCAAGGAAAGCCAGGCUUCCCCCACCAAAUCGCCUCCCGGCUCCCUGCCGCAGAGCCCAGCCCCAACACCUGCCAAGCCCUCGGAGGGUGACAACAAGGCAGACGGCAGCCAAGUGUCGGCCAAUUCCACCACCGAGAAGGAGCCACCGGCAGUGGUGAACGGGAAGGACGAGGAGCAAAGCACUGAGGAAAACCUGGGCAAAGGUGGGGGGCGGACGACCUCCCCCGCCAACGCUGACCCAGAUGCCCCCAAGGAGAAGGAGACGGUGACCAGCAGCCCCGUCUCCCCCGAAGGCUCACCCUCCAAAUCACCCUCCAAGAAGAAGAAGAAAUUCCGGACCCCGUCUUUCCUGAAAAAAGGCAAAAAGAAGGAAAAGAUCGAAUCUUGAGUCUCCUCCAAGGCCUCCCGCUGUGGUGACAACCACAAACCGCUCUGGAUGGAGGCGCCAAGGCGGAGGGACAGCUCCUGCGUCGCGCGUCUGGCUGAGACGCAGUCGAAAACCCCGGAGGCGAAUUGUUUUCUGGGUACUCCUGGCACAAGGCACCUCGUCCCCACCGUCACCCGCUUUUGGAGACGCUCACUGAGCUUUACGAAAAGAUCAUGGUCCCUGUUUGCUGCUUGGGGAAAUACCCGCUGCAAUCUCCCUCCUCCCACGAGCUCUCCCUUCUCCCUUCUGGGCAUCAGCCCCUUCCCCACACAUGGGCUGAGGGUUGGGUUUUUCUCCCCACCCGCCGCUUGCAGAGCCCUCGUGAAAUGUGGGGAUCCGCUUGGUUUGAGGUGUGUUGUUGUUGUUUUUUUUUUUUUUUUACCUCCUGUUUCAAGCUCCACUGGAAUGGUCCUGGCUUCAGCUCCAGGUAAAAUUGUUCACCGCUUUGCUGGGGUAAAUCGGAUCAAGCCAAAGGCGGGGGAGUUCUCCCCGAAGGAGGGGGCGAGGUGGUGGGCCUGGGACCCUUUCCUUCCUGGAUCGUAACCUUCCUCUCCCCAGGGCCAGAGAGCCACUUUCAACCCCCUGUUGGUGCCACCGUCUCACAAAUUCCCUGUCCGAGAAUUUUGCCACACUGCAUGAACUGCGCCUGAGAAGGGAGAAGAAAAGAGCCUCCGGGAUUUGUCCGUGUUAUUUAAAACUGAGCAAAACUUCACUCACUAAGUGCUACUUCGGGAUGAACACACGCUGCCAAUUCACUUCAGCCAGAGGCACUGCCGACGCUGCCACCCCCAUCCCCACCAUCACUGAUGGCCAAGGCUGUGCCAGGUCUCUGCUGGCACCGACCCUGGGCUCAGCGAGCGCCCGUCCACACGGCCGAGGCCAGAUCAUUGCUUUUCCCCAGCUCUAGACUCCCAAACACAAAUUAAAAUCCUCCCUGGUGUUCCCUUCCCACCCAGCCUUGCCUCCCCGCCUCUAGCGUUCCCUACAGCGACACCACCAUCGUUAAAACCUGCCGGCCGUGCCCCAAGGGAAGAAGAAAACGCAGCCGCUCCAAUGCUGGGAUUUAGGGGGCAAAACCCACAGGAUCAGCCCCCAUCCUCCUGCAAGCCAUAGGGGUUUGCCGUCUUCCUGGGGCAGCACUGACCGCGGGGACCAGGCUUCCCUGCCACAGCCCCAACGCCCACCGAGUCCUGUCUGCUGGGGGUCUGCAGGAAACCCCAGAACCCCCCCACUCUGAGGGCGCCAGGUUUCCUCACCCCAAUAUGAUUUUCCCACGUGCCACCGCUGUGUUUUCAAAGCCUUUUUGCUUCUGCGAGGCAGGUCUCAGCUCUUGUUUUCCUCUUCUGAAGAGCUGAAAGCCUGGCAGCAAUUUUGGGGGUGGCAGGGAGCAGGCCCCGAGCAGGGCGCAGGCAGGGAGCGGGGCCCGUGCAGGCAGCUGUGGGUCAAGGAGAGGAGGUUUGUAAAGGCAGGUUGGGUUUCUUUGCAGGGCUGCGAUACAGAGCAGGCUGGGCAAAUUCUGAAUCAGAAAGUAAAACAUAAAAAGCAAAAAAUUGCAAAAAUACGUACCUGGUGGGUACCUUACUGGAGUCCCAGGGCUAACCCGAGCCCGGUAUUCGGGGAUAGUGUUUGUCCUGCCCGGUCCGCACCGGGGUUAGAGACACAGCUCCCCAUCACGCUCCUGCAAGGACCAGGGGGACCCUGAGCUCCUAAAUUCACCAUCUGCAACUGAUGGACCGAACACCAGCCCCAUGGUCGUGCCUAUAUUCAGUGUCUCUUCCGCAGAAAGCAAAUCACAGCUCUGUAACCAUUUCCCAUGGGGUGUUGUCUACUGCCACUGAUUUUAAGGCUCUUUGAGGCCAUUUUUGUCAUCUGGCCCAUGCCUCUGCUCGACCUAGGCCAGGAAAGCCCCACAGUGGCGUCUCUGUUGCCACCCCAAGACGGCACGGUCUCUCCCGGGGCAAUUCCCUGAAUUACAGCACUGCCGCACACCCCACCACCGGACCAGCUGCAGCCCUUUUUCCUCCGAGAGUCUGUCCCCAGGGGCUUUGCGACCCCUUUUCUCCACAGGAGAGGGAUUUAUUUUCCCCCUGUGAGCCAGUCUGGGUUGAGCUAGGCAUCUUGUUCAGUUUUGGGAAGCAAGAGACACCGGUGCCUUCAGCAAGGAGGAAGGCUCAAAUGGCCACCACUGCAAUGUGCGUCCUUGCCACUUAGCUAGAAGAAAACAGAUAUAAGGUCACGUCGAUGCCACGGUUUCCCCAUCCGUUAGGGCACCCUCGGGACCGCCCCACCGGAUAAUUUUCCCCCUCUCCCCUGCCAGCAUUUUGCUGCCGGCUGCUUGCAGGCAGCCCCUAGGCUCGCUGCUUCCUUCUCACCUCCUUUGUGCAAGGCUGCCUGUGCCCAAGAGCCCCAGGUCAAGCCCUUGGUGUGGGUUUUCAGUGGCGGGGAGGCCGGGACGCAUCCCUGACUGCGAGGCAAACCGUUCAUCCAGUGCCCCAAGAGGCCUGGUGCUCCUCGCCCUCCAUAUUUGCAUCCUUAACUGAAAAGAAGAGAGGCCGGAUUUCCAUCUUCGACCAUGGAUACGCCGACACACUGCGGGAAACGAGGGCGAUGCUGUGGUUCCAGCUGGAUUCAGCACCCUUUUUGCCACCUGGGGCUGGUGGACAUGCCGUGGUCGCCGGCGAGGAUGCGGCUGCUGAACACCCACCGACAUGAGGCCGAGAGGAGGCUGCUCAAUGCUGGGUUUGCCGCCAUGGCCCGGGGGAGCAUGGUGGGGAGGGGAGAGGGGUGUCCCCCACCUGUGGGCUGGCAAGGGCAAUGGCCGGUGUCUGACAAUCGUCGCUGGAAAGUGCUGUGUAACGCCUGUCUGUAAAUAAACCCCGUGUUUGGCACACGCUA